GUGAGGGGAUACCAAACACUCGGGACUCGCGGAAGUCCUCUUCACCGUUUGUAUCUUCCGACAAUUGUCAACACCUGAAAAAACUCACUUCGGGAAAAUUAACCAGAGUAACGAGAUAUUUAGCUGGUACUCAGGGUCAUGCCGUUCAUCUCGAAGGACUGGAGGAGUCCCGGAGAGGAGUGGGUGAAGACUGUCGAGGGCUGGGAGAAAAAGAAAAUACUGGAGUGCGCGAAUAACAAGACACUGUCAUUGCUGAUACGAACCGAGAAAGAGGGAGACAAACGGGAGAAGGAGAAGGAGAAGAAAAAAGAAAAUGCCGUCCAACCACACUGUCAUAUAACCCUGAAGUGUACCCGCGAGAUCGCGGGUUUCAAUGGACUCAGCGAUGCACUCAAGAGACUCGACUUUCUGUCAGCUGUUCACGAUUGUCGACGGUUUAACUAUAUUGUUAGACUGUUGGAUCUGUUGGUCAGCCACACCAUGGGGGGGUUGAGUGGUUGCGCCCAGAGGGUUCUGUUUAAUAUGCUGGAGGAAGUUGCUUUAGAAGUUUCCUUAUCGCAACAGCAAACGGGAAAGCUCCGUAGACUGAUUGAACGCGUACGUGCCUUCAGUGCAGGAUGCUGCUGGGGGGGUCGACCCCUCGGCUCAGUCAUCCUCUGGGAGAAGCACAAAGCUGCACUCGACCGAAUCCUCCACAUCGCGUCUUCCAUCACGAUAACUCAGCCGGAUGAGGAGCAGCAUCCACAGUGGGCUGAUCUACCUGCGGAGUGCCGCAGGGAGGUACUCCUGCGUCUCAGUGAUCCGAGGGACAUUGAGGCGUCUUCGGAGGCUUGUGAGCACCUCGCUGUUCUCGCUCAGGAGCAGAGAAUAUGGAGAGAACUUGCACAGUAUCAUUUCACUUCGCAACAGAUUGCUACUACUAUGCAGAAUAAUCCUGGGAAGGAUUGGAAAACUAUUUUUACAUUAGCUCGGAGAUCUUUUGGACUUCGCGAGGAAUACGCCGAGAUGAUCCAAUUAUGUAGGAAUUGCCGUUGCCUCUUCUGGCGAUCACUCGGGCAUCCCUGCAUUGCUGACCAGGACCCAGCGUUUCAAGAGAAAUUGGCUGACGUCGACCAAUCCUCCCUCCACGUUCCCAUCCCACCGCAGACUUUCCUCAAAUUUUUCUCACUGUGAGAUGAUUAAAAAUCUUAUCUGUGAAAAACCGUGAGAAAAAGAAAUACUACAUUUCCUGCAUUUCUAGAGAUCAACUCUAGCGACGAGAAAUGAAAUAUAGUGAGAUGAUAUAUCGUUUUUUCUUUAGAGAAUCUAAUGUUGAUCGUUGAUGAAGAAUUAUUCAGUCUGUUCCGAGUGAGAGCGGGGGGAAAUCUUAGUCCGUUUCUUUCUCGCUCAGGGCAAUCAUCGAGAGAGCAGCUUAACUAUUUCGACGGCUUAAUCUGAACUCGGAUAAUUUCUUUGUAAAAAAGGGCCCGAGAAUUCGGAAUUCAUUGGUGAAGUGGGGAAACGGGAAAUUCACACGACUUCAGAGUGAAAUCCACAUAUCGACCCCUUCAUUGCUGGAUCAACUGAACGAAACGAGGGGCUAUUCACUCCACGAUUUAUAAUACUUUACAUUUAAGUUCACAUCAUAACUUCGAAAUCAAGUCCACGUGAUCAUACUGGAAUUGAGUAUAUUUUAUACCAGAAUCAAGUAUAUGCAUAAACCUGAUUCGAGAGUAAAAUAUACUUGAC